AUGUCGUUCAGACAUCAAAUCGAUCGUAUUCUGAAUCACCUUUCAAAAUCGGACAAAAAUGACGAAGGAGUUUAUUAUUACGGCCACGAUACAAAAGCUUUGAACCAGAUAAAAAAUAUGUAUAAAAAAUGCAGAAUAUGUAGAAGUCGUUUGAGAUGGCCGUUUACGAAAACUGUAAAAUGUCAAAAUUGUUUUUUGACGUGUCACGAAACUUGUAUAAAAUCGGUAAUAUGUCCACUGGGAAAAAAAUCUGACGAUCAACCUAUGGGCAUAUUCGAAUCUGAAGUUUAUUCUGGUCAACCUUGGAAGACGGAGGAUUGUGUAUGGCUCAUACAGUCAUAA